GCAAACACUCAGGCGUAGGAGGACAGUGACCCGUGCCACGUGAAUCAAUACCCCCCCCCUGCACCCAACCAGCAGCUCAGCUGGGACAGGGGAGGUGGGGAGGACAAGAGAGAGAGUAAACACACACACACACACAGAGCAUAAAGAAGAAGAGGGGGAACAGAGGAAGAGUGGAAGAGAGAUACCCAAGUGGAGUGGUGCGGCUGAGUGGAGAGGGGGAUAAAGAGAGAAGGGUGAAAGAGUGAGGGAGAAAUAGAUCUGCCAGGCAGCGACGCUCUUAGAGGAACAGUACGUUUUCCCGUCGAGGUGAAGUUGGGUUGCGCUGCUGCUGCUGAUGAUGACGAUGACGAUGACGAUGAUGAGCUCCCACCUUCACUGGCUGCUGGUGAUCCUGCUGCUGACUGAUUCUGCCGUGGGCCACACCACCUCCGGCCCUCAUCCGCCCCACCCGAGGCUCGCAGAGGCCGGGGGUCAGGGCCGCGGGUCCCGGGACGACACCCGGUCACUCCUGUCCACCCUCGCCACCUCGGUGGACGGCCGCGUGCGUCUGCGCGGCAACAUCAGCUGCUCGUCUCUGCGGCGUUUGCCGCGUGGGGGCGGUGCGCUCGCGCAGGAGCUGCUGGGCCUGGCGGAGCUGCCGCUGCUGCUGUCCGCAGGCUGCCAGCAGGAGGCGCUGGCGCUCACCCGCGGCAUGUACAGAGCGCUGGGCCGCGAGGACACGCACGCCCUCAUCAGGCAGCUCACGCAGCUGCUGGAGAACAGCCCGGCUCUGCCCACAGUCAACAGCGCUAACGCUAGCGCUUCACCCAACGACUCCGUUUCCCCCGGCAACAACUCAGCAGCGGCGCGUGACGACUCUGAGCCGUCACUAGACGCUUACUCGUUCAAUCCAAACGGCUACAGCGCAGGGCAUGAAAACAUCACCGAUCUCCACGACAACACCGAUGCCCAUCGCCACGACAACACCGAUGCCCAGUCCAGCACGGGCGAUGGCGGGGAGCAGACGGAGUGCCACCUGAAUGCUCUGAUGUUUAAUAUUCUGCAGAUGGCCAAGGUGGGCACAGCAGAGGGGGUCUCCACUGUGGCAGACGGAGGCUUGGGUAGCUGUGCUGGGUGGUUACGCGUGCAAGGGGCUCGGCUGGAGGGCCAGGAGGUUGGCAAGAGGGGGCCUCUGCACAAGGCUCAGCAUCUGUGCCAGCGCCUGGGGCUCAAGUGCGUUGGCGUGGCCCAGACUAGAGACGGGCAGUACCAGGCUGUUCUCAGGGCCGGCAGCCGAGUCCUCCCCGCUCGUGCCAACAGUGGGGCGGAGUGCUGGCUCAGGCCGUGCGCGCCAGGGGUCGGUGUCGGUGUCGGACUGGCACGCGCGCGUCGCAGUGCCCGGGUGGCACAGCAUCGGUGCGUGAGCCCGCAGGAGCAGCAGGUGUACGCGGUGGUGGAGUGGGUGCCCGCCGUCUCCACCCUCUACAACCUGGGCACGGCCGUCUACUACGCCGCGCGCAACUGCACCGAGACCGCCCGCGAGAGGGCCAUCCUGAGCGCCGUGGACCUGGGCACCGACGCCCUCAUGGCCAUCACGGGCGGGACGGUAGGGGUGGCUGGGUACGCCCUGGGGGCGGGGGUGAAGACGGGGGUCAAGGCCAGCGUGAAGUACCUGAUGAACAACGUCAACCAAGGUCAAGGUCAAGGUCAAGGUCAAGGUCAAGGUCAAGGUCAAGGUCAGGAUCUGCUGGUCAAUCAGGAGAGCUGGGAAGAUGGAACCUUCACUAUCCAGUAAAAGCAUACUGGACAGACAUGUUGUGUGCGUGUGUAAUGUCCUUCACUAUCCAGUAAGACAUACUGGACACACAUGUCGUGUUUGUGUGUGUGUGUGUGUGUGUGUGUAAUGUACGAUACGAUAAUAUACUGUUUGAUAACAUUUUCAAACAAAUUGCACAUACAUUUGAAAAUAUGACAUGACAAACAUUACAAAUAAACUGCUUAUUGAUCAUGUUUUUAGUAUAUUUACUGACAAAGAAUAGCCUUUUGCCUAUAGGUUGGUAAUAUAUGAAUCUUAAUGUUUUGUUUUUUUUUGUUUUUUUUUUAAGGAUGUGUUUUGUGUCUUUUGUCUCCUGUUUUAUAUCCUGCAAGUGAGUGAGCUGCAGAAACUGGGGCUAAAUGGUCCCUGAAACUGUGCUUCCUUGCAUGUUCUCUGCAUGUUUAUCUGACUGCUGACUGCUGACAAAUUAUCUUUUGCUUGUGGAUUGCAUUCUUUUUUUCUUUGCCUGUUACAAUCAUAAAAGAGUAUAAUGAUCAUGUUAGCACUGAGAAGCUUCAGGAGUAGCUAUUGAAACAUUUAUUUUAGUCGUCAUAUUUGAAGAACAAUAUUAUGUAUAUUGUGUAAAAUCUUUACAUGCAUUUUCAGUUUAGAUGCAUGGCAGUGACUGUCCUGUAUGAAGUUCUUCACCAAAGAGUCUGGCGUGCAGAGGUCUUGUCAUGAACUGGGUUUUGUAGCCAUGCGAUUGUGAUCCUUAAUAAUAAAAAAAAUGAACGCUUUC